AUGAAAGAACAUAACACUAUGACAAGUGACAUUGAAUCCCUUUGGCUUUUCCUUUUCCCUCUACUCUCGAAAUGCACAUCGCUUGUUUUCUUUCUUCUUUUCCUUCUCAAAUCCAUAUUUCACUGGGCUCAUCCAGGUGGUCCAGCCUGGGCUAACCACAGCGUAAUACCUGGUCCGAGGGGCUUUCCUUUCAUCGGUAGCAUGUUCCUCAUGACCGGCUUGGCUCACCGGAAGAUUUACGCUGCAGCUCAAUCCUGCGGAGCUAAGCGUCUCAUGGCCUUCAGUCUUGGCCAAACGAGGGUUAUCGUCACCUGUCAUCCAGACGUAGCCAAGGAGAUACUCAACGGAUCCGUCUUUGUUGAUCGUCCAGUCAAGGAGUCGGCUCGCACUUUGAUGUUCGAUCGGGCCAUCGGGUUUGCACCUUAUGGAGCUUACUGGCGGACUCUACGACGGAUCGCCGCUAUGCAUCUUUUCUGCCCCAAACAGAUGAGAGCUUCCGAAUGGCAGAGGAAGGUGAUUUCCCAAGAGAUGGUGGAGAUGAUGCAUCACCAAAAGAGAGAAUCGAUAUGCGUCCGAGAUUUGAUUAGGCGUGCAUCUCUCUGCAACAUGAUGUGGUCUGUGUUUGGAAGAAAGCACCGGUUGGCCGAUUCAGACGACGUCCAACUGGUGGAGCUGAGGGAGCUUGUGGAUGAAGGUUACGACGUGUUGGGAACGUUUAACUGGACCGACCACCUCCCAUGGCUGACGGACUUUGACCCGCAAGGGAUCCGGUUCAGGUGCUCCAAUCUUCUUCCUAAAGUCAAACACUUUGUCAACCGGAUGAUCCAAGAACACCGAUCGCAAACCACGCCUAAUAAUUCUAACACCGACUUCACCCACGUCUUGCUUUCACUUCAAGGGUCAGAUAGAUUAUCGGAUUCAGACAUGAUUGCCGUUCUGUGGGAGAUGAUAUUCAGAGGAACAGACACGGUGGCUGUAAUGAUGGAGUGGAUUCUAGCGAGGUUGGUGCUGCAUCCUGAUGUUCAGUUAAAGGUACAAGAAGAACUGGACAGGGUGGUGGGGAGGUGUCGUCCCGUGAUGGAAUCUGAUAUUGCCAACUUGAUCUAUCUACCUGCGGUUGUCAAAGAGGUUCUCAGGCUACACCCACCAGGGCCACUCCUCUCUUGGGCUCGUCUGGCCGUUUCCGACACCACCGUUGACGGUCAUCACGUGGCAGCGGGAACCACCGCAAUGGUCAACAUGUGGGCCAUUUGUCGAGACCAACAUCUCUGGAAGGAGCCGUCGGAGUUUCGUCCAGAAAGGUUUGACAAGGAUUUUUCGGUGAUGGGUUCGGACUUGAGGGUGGCUCCGUUUGGGUCGGGUAGGCGGAGCUGCCCUGGGAAGACUCUUGGAUUGACGACGGUAAGUUUUUGGGUGGCGUCAUUGUUGCAGGAGUUUGAGUUGGAUGGAAACGACGUUGACUUGACGGAGGUGUUGAAGCUAUCAUGUGAGAUGGCUAACCCACUUAUUCUUAACGUUCGACCAAGGUGUCCAUCAACAACUUCCUUCCUUUAA